AUGCGUAAUGGGAAUGAGAGACAUAAACUGGUGAUAGGCAGUUCAGGCCAAGAUGGCUCUGGCACAGCUUUACAACUUGCCCCGCUACAUUUUUAUAUUGUCAAGGAAUUCACGUCAACUAACAGCUCGGCACUGAGUGCGACUGAACUCAGCAAAACGACAGUGCUUUUAUCGAUAGCAAAUUUGCAGGUACCUGUGGAAGGUGGAAUUGUAAUUAGCCGCAAUGGAUAUCCAAAACCAUCACUCUGGCAGGCAAUGUCCGAAUUCAUGCCGCCUAUGGAAGACCACUCGUACUACCCACCUCAAAGUGAUUGGCCUAAUAGAGCGACGAAUGAAAUCGGGAUGGUACUGGUCGGUGGUACUGGAGUGAGUGUGUUUCAUCAAAUUGAGGAAGAAGAUUCUGGAGAUUUUGGUGUCGCUCAGUUGGGAGUAAUUGCUUGUAUCAAUUAUUCUAAUUCAUUUGUUGAUAUAUAUAUAUGCUUUGUGAGUGAGAAAAAAAGCACAUUGCGCUUGGAGUUUGCAGGAAUGGUUCGCAGCACGUCGCAGUGGGACGAAUAUCUUUAA